AUGAGCCGGCAAUGGAUGUACGAUGACCGAUGCUCUCCCGAGUUCAUUAAUGGCGUGCAUACUUUUCUGCUUGCGGCUGAGGCAAACAAGCGGGCGGAUGGUUUUAUGCCUUGUCCAUGUGCUGGCUGUAAGAAUGGUCACAAUUACUCUACGUCAAGAACCAUUCACGUCCACCUGUUUGAGUCCGGUUUCAUGCCCCACUAUAAUGUUUGGACCAAGCACGGAGAAAGAGGGGUUAUGAUGGAAGACAAUGAAGAAGAAAAGGACGACGACAGCUAUCCUGGCCAUGGGUUCCCUGAAUACGAUGAUACAACAAUGGGGGAAGAAGCUGAGCCGGUAAUGCGGGAAGAAGCUGAGCCGGCAAUGCGGGAAGAAGCUGAAGAAGAGGCAUCAGAUGAGCCCGUUGAUGAUCUAGGUCGGGCCAUUGCCGAUGCAAAGAGAAACUGCGCAAGUGAUUUGGAGAAGAAGAAGUUGCAGCGCAUGUUAGAGGAUCACAAAAAAUUGUUGUACCCGAAUUGCGUAGGUGACAAGAAAAAGCUGGGCACCACACUGGAAUUGCUGCAAUGGAAGGCAGAGAAUGGUGUAUCUGACAAGGGAUUUGGAAAGUUGCUGGUAAUGAUAAAGAAUAUGCUUCCAAAGGACAACGAAUUGCCCGAGAGUACGUACGAAGCAAAGAAGGUUGUCUGCCCUCUAGGGUUAGAGGUGCAGAAGAUACAUGCAUGCCCUAAUGAUUGCAUCCUCUACCGCGGUGAGUACGAGGAUUUGAACGCUUGCCCGGUAUGCGGUGCAUUGCGCUAUAAGAUCAGCCGCGAUGACCCUGGUGAUGUCGAGGGCGAGCGCCCCAGGAAGAAGAUUCCUGCCAAGGUGAUGUGGUAUGCUCCUAUAAUACCACGGUUGAAACGUUUGUUCCAAAACAAAGAGCAUGCCAAGGCGAUGCGAUGGCACAGAGAAGACCGUAAGAAAGACGGAAAGUUGAGAGUACCCGCUGACGGGUCGCAGUGGAGAAAAAUCGAAAGAAAGUACGGGAAGGAGUUUGCAGAUGACGCAAGGAACAAGAAUGUGUACCUGGGACAUCGUCGAUUUCUUCCGAGCAGGCAUCCCGUAAGAAAGAAAGGCAAGCAUUUCAAAGGUGAGGCGGAUCACCGGACGAAGCCUCGCCACCGUACUGGUGCUGAUGUACAUGAUAUGGUCAAGGAUUUGAAGGUGGUCUUUGGAAAGGGUCCUGGUGGACAACCUGUUCCGAAUGACGCUGACGGACGCGCACCCAUGUGGAAGAAGAAAUCUAUAUUUUGGGACCUGCCCUAUUGGAAAGACCUAGAGGUCCGCUCCGCAAUCGACGUGAUGCACGUGACGAAGAAUCUUUGUGUGACCCUGCUUGGCUUCUUGGGCGUGUAUGGGAAGACAAAAGAUACACCUGAGGCACGGGAGGACCAGCAACGUAUGCACGGAAAAGACGGC